AUGUAUCUGAACAACACUCGAUUCGCGGGCUCUGGUCUUGUGGUCUUCAAUCGACCAACCCGAGUGGACAGCGAGCAAAUGUUACCACUUUUCAGGCAACUUGCCGCCAUGAAUGAUGUCAAUGUGGUGCUCAAUGGACCUGUUAGAACGAUGAACAGAACUCGCACUGAAAAGGAGCAGCUGACCGAAGCGGAAUGGGCUAAUGAACUGGAGAGUGGAUCGAUCUACAUGGCCCACUCCAAUUGGCUGGACUUUGCUAGUUAUGGGUACAAGAAACCAAUAUAUAUCUCCCUUGUAAAGGAUCCCAUCGAUCGGAUGAUUACAGACUUCCACAAGAGACGCUCUUGGGUUAAGAGAACAAUAUACAGAAGGAUGUACCCAGGACGUCCUGAGAGGUCCGAUGAGUGGUACCAACAGAGUUUCAACGACUGUUUUAAAGUAUUACCCUCCUGUAGGCCCUUUAAUUCCCCACACGCUAUACAGGUAGCUAAACGAAGAGUGGAGAAAGAAUAUUCUGUGGUGGGCACAUUAGAAGAAAGAAACAUAACCCUGACUGUGUUGGAGAAAUACAUUCCCAGAUUCUUCAAUCAUGCUCGUUUUCUAUAUAAAUUGCACAGCAAAGCUAUUCGAAAUCGGAAUCGCAAUAAUCGCAAGCCCCAUAUAGAUCCUGAUGUUAGGGAGAUGGUAAGGCGGAACUUUACCAACGAAUACGAGUUCUACUACUUCUGCAAGCAGCGUUUGUACAAACAAUAUUUGGCCCUGCAACUCGAGAACAAUCUUCAUUAAAGGUUUCAGAUAAAACUAACGCCAAUAAAGAAAAUUGUUUUUACUGAAAAAAUGUAAACGUAUUUUUAAAUAUUUAAUAUUUUACAUAAAGAAAUGGUUUAUUGAGGGGUUUCUUUGUCCUAUAUUAACGUCUAAGCCGUUCAAUUUGUUUAAGAAACUGUUCUGCCCAGUUAUUUGAAUGUUUAGUUAGGCCAUAAAAAACAUACCCUUUGCCCAAAAUGCAUAUCAAGUACCAAGGAUCUAAAGGUAAA